AUUACACAACGAUGAAAAUUAGCUUGGGUCAGCUUUAAUGAGUGCUCAGAUGAGAAAAAGAUGUCACUAUUGACCAAGGCUUUUGAGCCGGGAAGCCUACAAAAAUAAUAAUGCAUACUUACUACAUUGCGAGUAAUAUAAAAAUAAUACAGAAUAUUUCUAGCAACCUGUUUUUUGUUUUUUUAAACAGCCUAUCGGUUUUACACCUUUUUAUAUUUACCUGGAAGCCACACACCCAACCAAAGUUCACAUGUGCUGAUCCAUUCAUGGCCUCUGUUUUGAUGUCAUUUUAAUGACUGUGACUGUCUGUGAAUGAAUGAGCGACAGUUACUUAUGGAGAGGUUCUCAUAAACCUGUAAUUUCUUAACGUGUCAUCAAGCCAUGGCUCCUUAAAAGUAGCAUAAGGUUAAAGUACACUUUACUUGAACCAUUUGCACACCACACUGCCAUGCGAAUGGGAAUCCUUUUUUGUUGUUGUUAUCAUCUUCCACAUAGAAGCGAGGUCUGAUCAGGAAGUUCAAAUAGGAGGACUUUUUAAGGGAAGGUUUUAGGCAAGAAAAAUAUCAGGCAACAUGGAGGAAGCCGUCAACAGCACUAUUGAGCCCGCCUGUUUACAAGAACCCCCGCUGGCCUUGGAUGUGAUUAAGCAAUUAGAUGCUUUCGGAAUGUGCCUGUACUCUAUGCUCACCUUCAUGUCCUGCGUUUCCCUGCUGCUCUACUUGGAGCAAUGCGUUUACAUUUAUAAAAAACUGCCCUACCCAAAAAAGACAACCAUCAUCUGGGUCAAUGGAGCCGCACCAGUCAUUGCCAUCAUGUCUUGUUUUGGGAUGUGGAUCCCCAGGGCUGUCAUGUUCACAGAUAUGACGUCAAAUUGUUACUUUGCAGUAGUCGUGUACAAAGUGUUGGUUUUGCUGAUUGAGGAGUUGGGCGGCAGCGCAGCAUUUCUGAAGCGCUUUUCCGGUAAACCCUUCAAGAUCAGCACUGGGCCGUGCUGCUGCUGCUGCCUGUGUUUACCACGCGUGCCCAUGUCACGAGGCAUGCUAUUCUUGCUGAAGCUGGGCGCACUGCAGUACGCCAUCCUAAAGACGGUGCUCAGUGUCCUCUCCAUAAUACUCUGGACAAAUGGCAACUUUGACCUCUCAGAUCUAGAGAUCACGGGUUCGGCAAUUUGGAUCAACCCGUUCAUUGGCGUUCUCACCAUCACCUCCCUGUGGCCUGUAGCCAUUGUGUUCAUGAACACCAACUACCUUUUACGCAGCCUCAAUAUUGUACCAAAGUACGCCAUGUACCAACUAAUACUCGUAUUAAGUCAGCUGCAAACGUCCAUCAUCAACAUCCUGGCCCUGGAUGGAACCAUCGCCUGCGCCCCUCCCUUCUCCUCGCAGGCUCGAGGAUCCAUGCUAAGUCAGCAGAUGAUGAUCAUGGAGAUGUUCGUCAUCACCCUGGUCACUCGCUUCUUUUAUCGCCGUACAUAUGACGCGCUCCCCUUAGCCGCACAUGACCACUGGCAGCACAAGGACGGAGAAUCCAUGCAGGCUGUUCACAUGGAGCACGACGUCUGAAACUCGGCCAGCUCAGAGAUGCUCUUUAUCUGAGGUACCGUUGAUCAAACGGUCAAUUUGAUGUGGUUCUGUGAGGCGGACACUACCUCAAAUGUCACUUAAGUGGGGAAAAAAAAAAAAAAAACAUCUUCGCGGUAUUCAGCAGUAUUGUAUUAACUAACUUUGAAUACGUUCUCUUAGGUUAAUUCAACAAAUUAUUCUCUGAAUAAAUAUGCUAUUCUUACGUAAAAGAGGUUGUAUCAUGUUUUUUCACAGUUCAGUAUGAAACUUAACUUUUUAUCAGUUUUUCAUCUUCAUGGGUACUUUAUGAGUUAGUAUAAUAUGAAUCGAGUCAUCUUAGAUAAUAGAGUGUGUAGCUUGAAAAAUUAUACUGUAUUUGUACUGUAUUUUCUAGAUAGGGGUUUACAAACUAAUGAAAUACAAGAGGUGUGUGUUAACAAUUAUGCACUUUGGUCUGUUAGAGACAACAAUAUGUUUAUUAUGAUAGAACAAUUGCAUUAUUGUAUCUGCAUCUUUGUGCAACAUAGUUAGCUAAAUACAGGAGUGAAGCAAAAUACGAUAUUCCAAAGAUGUGUUCCCUACUUUAUCACUGUUCUGCAAUACAGUUCUAUAGCACUGAUCAUUUGCAUUCAUUUUCCAUACUGCUUCUUCUCACUGGUCACGGGCGUGCUGGAGCCGAUCUCAACUGUCUUGGGCCAUAGGCGGGGGAACACCCUGAACUGGUCGCCAACCAGUCGCAGAGCACAGAAACAAAUAACUAUUAGCACACACGGGAAAUUUGCAGUCUUCAGUCAACCUACCAUGCAUGUUUUCGGGAUGUGGAAGGAAACCAGUGUACCAAGAGAAACCCCACGCAAGAACAUGCAAACUCCACGCAGGCGAGGCCCGAUUUAAAGCCGCCGGGUCCUCAGAACUGUGAGGCAGACCUGCUAUCCAGUCAGCAGCCGUGCCAUCAAAUAAUUACCAUAAAUAACUUGAUACUGUUUUAUUAUCUUUUUCAAGGUAUUUUUUUUUUAUACUGAUCUUUUGUACUGGAUCUCAUGAGAUGGAGUCCUAUACAAACACCUACUGGACUUCAGACACUAGCAUACAGUAACUACAGUUGUCGAUUUUAUCAAGCCCUUUAUUACAACUGUAGGCCCUGAUUCAACUUUCUGUUUCUAAUCGUGUACUUUAUGUGCAAUGGAGCUGUUUUUUUAACCUUUAGGCUGUCAUAUUUAAAUGUUAUUUCAUAGCUAAAUGUAUUAAGAAUCAAAGCUCCGUUAAGCCUUUUUAUGUGUUUUCUGUGGCCAAAACACCAGACGUUUAUUUCAAGCAUGCUGACCCACUUAGCACAAUGCAGGAAAGACUUGUGCCAAGGAUGACCUGGAAGCUUUUUCCUGCUAUUCCUCUAAUGGCCAAAAGAGAGCGUGUUCCACUUCAAAGCCUCAUACGUUGACCUGAAAAUAAAGAACCAUCCCUUUCCCUCCUCCGCUCAAACACCUUAUUUAGAAAACCCAUUGACAGCAAAGUUGAACCUUUCAUCUAAGCCACUACUUUAUGUUAUGUUAGUAUGUUAUUAUGCAAGCGAGCAAACAAGGUGAAGAUGUUCUCACAUCUGAGUAGAAUUCUAUGCAGAUUAUACCAACAUUUUGUAUUCAGUUACACAUCCAAAACAGAUACUUGCUUGUUUCUUCUUCUUCUUUACGCCCCAGCAGUUGUAUAAUCUUUCUCAUGACUCCACUGUGUUCAGUUCUGAUUCAAAGGGUUGACCCUCUCACACAUUCAAUUUGAUUUAUUGGUUCUAAAAAUAGCAUUUAGAGGGCUCACAGAUACCAUAUGACUAAACUUUGUAUCAGAAUAAACUAAU